CCCAUCUCACUUGACCCCCCCCUCUCCCUCUCCCUCUCCCUCUCUUUCUCUCCGGACGCCAUGGCCGUGCGCAGAACAAGCUCCGUCGUCGCCAUCGCAGCCUUCUUCUUCUUGUUCUGCUUCUGCUCUGUUUCCCACUCGAAGCAAGAACAGAGCCACCAUCCCCUGAACAAGUCGUCCUCGUCCUCGUCCUUCUCUCUCUCUUUCCCUCUCAAAUCCCACGCUCUGCCCCACCACAAGCUCAAACCUCUCCGCUCAUCUCUCACCGCCGCUUCCGCCGUCGCCGUCAAGGCUCCUUUCAAGUACUCCAUGGUACCGGUCGUCUCCCUCCCCAUCGGGACUCCCCCGCAGACCCAGGACAUGAUUCUCGACACUGGGAGCCAGCUCUCCUGGAUCCAGUGCCACGACAAGGCCAAGAAGAAGUCGCCGUCUGCGGACGCGGCGGGGCAGCCCUCGUCGUCGACGACGACGUUCGACCCGUCUCUGUCCUCCUCCUUCUCGGUCCUCCCCUGCAACCACCCGCUCUGCAAGCCGCGGACCCCCGACUUCUCCCUCCCGACGUCUUGCGACCAGAACCGGCUCUGCCACUACUCCUACUUCUACGCCGACGGCACCCUCGCCGAGGGUAAUCUCGUCCGCGAGAAGUUCACCUUCUCCAGGACCCAGAUCACCGCUCCCCUCAUCCUGGGCUGCGCCACCAGCUCCGGCGACGACAAGGGCAUUCUCGGGAUGAACCUGGGCCGGCUCUCGUUCCCCUCGCAGGCCAAGGUGUCCAAGUUCUCGUACUGCGUGCCCGCCCGGGCCGCCCGAUAUGGACCGUCCCCGACCGGGUCGCUUUACCUCGGCGACAACCCGAACUCGGGGACCUUCCAGUACGUCGCCCUCAUGACCUUCUUCCAGGGUCAAAGUCAACGGAUGCCGAACCUGGACCCGCUUGCCUACACGGUGCCAAUGCAGGGUAUCAGGAUCGGGAGCCGGCGCCUCAGCAUACCUCCGACGGUUUUCCGGCCCGACACGGGUGGGUCGGGCCAGACCAUGAUCGACUCGGGCUCCGAGUUCACCUACCUGGUCGAUGAGGCCUACGACAAGGUGAGAGAGGAAGUGGUGAGGCUCGUGGGACCGCGGAUGAAGAAGGGGUACGUGUACGGCGGCAUGGCCGACAUGUGCUUCGACGGUGAUGCCGCCGCGAUCGGGCGGUCCAUAGGCGACAUGGCCUUCGAGUUCGAGAAGGGAGCGGAGAUCGUGGUGGCCAAGGAGAAGGUCCUGGCCGAGGUGGACGGCGGGGUACACUGCGUGGCCAUCGGGCGGUCCAGCAUGCUCAGCGCCGCAAGCAACAUCAUAGGCAACUUCCACCAGCAGGACCUGUGGGUCGAGUUCGACCUGGCCAACCACCGGGUCGGCUUCGGCAGGGCUGAUUGCAGCAGAUCGUAGGGCACCCAGGAGCCUCGACGGCAACUUUUAUGCCUCCUCCGAC